AUGCCUCAGAAAGUUGACGACACCUUUGUCAUCCUCAAACAAGACCAAGACCCAACCCUGCUACUACAACAUCUUAACCAAAAACACCCCCGAGUACAGUUCACCAUCGAAACAGAAAAGGACAACCAACUACCCUUCCUAGAUGUCCUCGUUUGUAGAAACUCAGCUAACAGAAUCCAAACCAGUGUCUACCGGAAGCCCACCCACACCGACCAGUAUAUCCACUUCAACUCUAACUACUCUCUCAGAACCAAGACUGGCAUCAUCUCCACCCUUACCAAACGUGCCAUCAACCUUUCCUCUGCUGACCCAAAACCUGAGAUCGCACACCUCCGCCAAGUCUUCACCCACCUCAACAAUUAUCCGGGCAAACUAGUCGACAAAGUCAUCGCCUCUGUACUCUAUCCCACACCCAGACAUGCGGCCCUUAAACCCGAAUCAGUGCCCUUCCGCAUCGCCCUCCCGUUCAUAGGAAAAGCCUCCCACAUCAUCAGCCGCCUCCUCAAACAGCAAGCCAACAUCGACACCCACUUCACCAGCUCGAACUCCCUCAACACCCUGCUAAGAGCCAACGGCAUGAACACAUCUAAACCCCAAGAGGUUAAAGGUGUAGUCUACAAAGUUGACUGCAACUGCGGGCAAUCUUACAGUGUCACUGCAGACAGGAAAGGACUCCCUGUCUACUGUUGA